ACCUGACCGUAGAGCGGGCUAGAAAUGGCGUCUUACUUGGUUGCUGGUGAGCGCCUGGUGCGCGCUUUGGCCCCUGGCGGGGAGCUGGAGCAAGAGCAGCUGCCACGGAAGCUGCGGGCAGAGCUUGAGGCCGCGUUGCAGAAGAAGCACAAGGGCGGUGAUCACCCCAGUGGUCCCGCACGCCUGGUUUCCUUCCGCCUGAUCCGGGAUCUGCACCAGUACCUGAGAGAAAGGGAAUCCACACUGUACCUUCAUGAGCUCCUGGAAGGCAGUGAAAUCUAUCUCCCAGAGGUGGUGAAGCCUCCUAGGAACCCAGAGCUAGUUGCCCGUCUGGAGAAAAUUAAGAUACAGCUGGCCAAUGAGGAAUAUAAGCGGAUCACCCGUAAUGUCACCUGUCAGGAUUCAAGGCAUGGUGGGAUUCUAAGUGAUCUGGGCAAAGAAGUGAGGUCAGUGAAGGCUCUAGUCAUCACCAUCUUCAACUUCAUUGUCACGGUGGCAGCUGCCUUUGUCUGCACUUACCUUGGAAGUCAGUAUGUUUUCACAGAAAUGGCCUCGCGGAUACUGGCUGCAUUGAUCGUCGCCUCUGUGGUGGGUCUGGCCGAGCUGUAUGUCAUGGUGCGGGUGAUGGAAGGCGAGUUGGGAGAGAUAUAACUGGUGCUUCAUCAUCAAAGUCUGGAGAUGAUUUGGAAGGGCCCCAGGCUCCCAGCUGUCAAUCACUGACUCUCAGUCAACCCAUCAGGUUCUCUGUACUCAGCUCUGGUUAUGGGCCAUGCUAAGGCUACCUGCUGUUUCUGUGGGGAGUCCCAUCCUCUGUCAGUUGCCGGAGGAGACUCGGACAACAACUGAAAAGAACUGGUCUGACUACCUUCUCCUGAUGCUGAUGCCUAUCUGCCUUCUCCAGUGCAUUCUGGGCACUGCUGUUGCUGGUUUGUCUCUCAGGAGUAAAUAGAAUCCAGGUCUUCCCAGGAGUAGACCAAACUGUCUGAACUUGCCCAAGGGCACAAGUCAGUUGUCAUCCUUGCUCCACAUAUCUUGAUGCUGAGCUGUAACUUAGUUCUGAAGCCUCUAAGAAAGCAGAAAGGAUUCCCUUUCUUCAGGUUAUGUUGGAAGAGGAACUGAUCAGAGGACAUCAAAUCAGAGGAAGAGGAAGACGGGUUGGUACAAAAUUGGAAAUAACACAACUACCUUUUUGGAAUUUUAGUUUUCAUCUUCAUCUUCUUCUGCUUGCCUUUUUCAGGUUUCCUAUAUGCUUCUGCCUGUCUCUACCACCCACCAGCCCUCCUUGAACAUCCCACCUUCUCAUUACACUUUGCUCUGCCUCCAAAAAUGAAAACAGUUCAGGUGGCAAAACAGUGUAUCUGCUUUUCUUAAUGUAUUUUUAUUGCUUUUUAGAGAGAGGGGAAGGGAGAGAGAGAGAGAAACAUCAAUGAGAGAAACAUCAAUCGGCUUC